AACCUUAAAACAAUUUAAAGAAGACAUGUUUCAAUCAGCCGUCUUCGGUUGCACUUCAGGUUCCUUCGGUUCAGCAUUCUCCUCCGGUCCCACUUUAGAUUCCUUCGGUUCAACAUUCUCCUCCGGUCCCACUUCAGGAUCUUCGUCUGGUCCAAGUUUGUUUUCUACUUUUUCCUAUUCAUCAUCACCAAGUAGAAGUAACACUACACCAGCAAACAAGAAACCAUCGACUGAUACCGAAGAAGAUUUGAUAAAGAGGAUAAGUUUUCUUAGUGGAUUUAUGGUGGCUUUCAAGGAACAAAUUCACACUGAUAUCAAGCUUAGGCCUAACAAUGGGCCUUCCAUAUCCGCACACAAAUCUUUACUGGCAGCAAGAUCAGAGAUCUUUAAAAAUAUAUUAAGCUCAGACAACUACAAAGCUUCACCGAGUGAUGCUGAGACUCUCACUCUACCGGAGUUAAACAUCGAAGAGCUCAAGGCCCUCCUAGAGUUUCUUUACACUGGGGAUUUGCCUGAGGAUAAGUUUAAGGAGCAUGUUUUCACAUUAUAUGUCGCAGCUGAUAAGUAUGAGAUUCGGUAUUUACAAGAUGCGUGCGAGCGUUACAUGCUGAAUUCCUUGAACGCAUCGAACGCUCUCGAUAUUUUAGAGUUCUCAGAUUCACAUCUGAAUAAGAAUAUGAAGCAAACGACUCUGAACUUCAUCGUGCAGAACAUGAAGAGCAUAGUUUCAUCGCAGAAAUAUGAAGAUUUCGCUUCCAACAAUCCAUGUCUCUGUGUUGAGGUUACAAGGGCGUUUGUUGAUGCCAGUGGCGUAUCUAGGCCCAGGCCUCAAAAUCAAAUAUAAUGGCCCAACAGCAGCAGCCCAAACAAGUUGGCCCGUUCCAAGCCAAACCCUAGUAGUUUCUCUCUCACCAGCGCCGCAUCUCCAAGUAACCCAGGUUCCCCACGCUACACGCCACCAAUCCCGACUCUUCCGGCGCAAGGAGAGCACGAAGAUCCUUCAAUAACAACCCACAACCAAUUAUCUCGGUUCAGCAACAAACCAAUAGCAAAUGUUAGUUUUUAACUAGGAAUCAAACUCCCAAAAAUAGGGUGGCUUGAAUAUUAUAAAUAG